AUGGACUACUUAUCGGGACUAAAGUUUGUUCACCGGGAUCUGGCGGCCAGGAACUGCAUGCUGGACAGAGAGCUGCGGGUUAAAGUAGCCGACUUCGGCCUGUGCCGGGAUAUUUAUGAGAAAGGUUACUACCACAGCGACAACAAGAAGAAGUUGCCUAUACGAUGGAUGGCUAUCGAGUCGAUAGAAAAGGGAACAUACACAUCCAAGUCUGAUGUGUGGUCAAUGGGAAUUGUAUUGUGGGAGUUGACCACGCGAGGAACCACCCCAUACCCUGGUGUGGAGGGAUGGGACCUACUCAGAUACGAGCUGAUGGACAGGUGCUGGCAGGAGAACCCUAUCGACCGCCCGUCUUUCAAAGAGAUGGAAAACGAAUUGCAGGGCCUGACCAAGACCCUAGAUCAGCCUAUAUCUCCCGACGCCAUAUACCUCACCACACUCAUCACCUUCCCAGAAUGCCGACGCUACCGCAUGGACCUAUUGUUUGAGGCCACCCUGCAACCCGCGAGAAGACAAAGCGUCAGUGCAGUACCAAUGUUGAAUGGCCCACACAACGAGGACCAACCAGCUGCCGAAAUGAUGGCUGACAUUGUGAAAGACAUGGCGAAAGAGAGGCCGAGACCCACUCCAAAACUUGCGCCCAAACCCGCGCCUCGCCCGAAGGGGACAAAACAACAAAGUGAGGCAGGUGUGAAAGAUUCAAAGUCAGAAACUGAAGAAGCAGCCCAUUCUGAACCUGCCAUAGAACUCAGAAAUAUUUCCAAAACAGGAAGAAAAACUGUCCGAAGAAGUGAUGGGAGUUACUACGUGUUAGAAACGUAA